CAGUCAGCACACCCGUUCGCCUUAAGAUGGCUCGUGUUGUCUCCCCCCCCCCUCAAGAAAUGUGACACUUGGCCUGAUAACUUCCUCUUGUUGUGGGAGAUCGAAUCUCUACUGGCUUGCGGCUGAGAGAAACAAUAAAGAUGCGCAUUCGUCACGCCCUGGUCGGGAUCGCUAGCCUCUGCUGUCUCCUCGGGACUGCCUCGGGGGCCCGAAUCAGUAGUAGGGACAUGUUAUCGAGGCGGGUUGUCCCGCCGUCGCACACCCUUCACGAGAGACACGAGGCGGGCAACGUUGAAGGAUGGGUCAAGAGAGGACUCGCAGAUGCCGAGUCCACCGUUCCGGUCAGGAUCGGGCUGAAGCAGUCCAACGUGGACGCUGCGCAUGACUUGCUGAUGGACAUCUCCGACCCACGUUCCCCAAACUACGGCAAACACCUCUCGAGGAGCGAAGUCGAAGAUCUCUUUGCACCUCGGGAACACUCGGUUGCCAAGGUCAAACGCUGGCUGGCGUCGGCAGGGGUUGAUGAAGGAAGAAUCUCGCAAUCGGCCAACAAGCAGUGGAUUCAGUUCGAUGCUCCUGUCUACGAGCUCGAGAAAUUGCUCCUCACGAGGUACCACAUCUUUGAAAACCUCGAGACGGGUGUGCAGAACAUUGCUUGUUCCGAGUACCAUGUUCCUCGCGACGUGUCGCAUCACAUCGACUACAUCACUCCUGGCAUCAAGCUCAUGGCCGGUGGGCGUGAGGAAAGAAUGGUCAGGUGGAGGAAAGCGGACCGGCGUUCUCUCGUAGCGGGUCUGGCCAGCCAGGGCAGAAAGGGAGCCCAUGGAAUGGGUCAUGGAGGAGGAGGAGGAAGUAGAUCGCCGGAUGAUCCCGUCGUGGACGACAGCCCUUUCCGGGUGACCGGACCGUGCAGCGCCGAGAUCACACCCAACUGUAUUCGGGCUCAAUAUCAACUCCCCAACGGUACACGAGCCGCGAGCGGCAACGAGCUCGGCAUCUUCCAGGGACUGGGUCAGCAUUACAGCCAGGAAGAUCUCGACAACUACUGGAAAUACGUUGCCCCUUGGGUCCCCCGCGGGACGCACCCGGAACUCCGGUCAAUCAACGGCGCCCUCGGCCCGGCCAACGACACACUCAGGGCCGGAGAGGAAGCGGACCUCGACUUCCAGAUUGCCAUUCCCCUGAUAUGGCCUCAGAGGACGGUCCUCUUCCAGACGGACGACGAGUGGUAUCAGCAAGACCAGCAGCGCGCUGAUACCAAGUACCCGGGCUUCUUUAACACCUUCUUUGACGCGAUCGACGGGUCCUACUGCCACAUGACGGCAUUCAACAUGACGGGCAACUGCGUGACGCCGGAGUGCCGGGACCCGGAGUACCCGAACCCGAACGCGACGCCGGAGCAGGGCGGGUACGCGGGGGCGCUCAUGUGCGGGCGGCACCGGCCGACGAGCGUGGUGUCGGUCAGCUACAGCGGGACGGAGGACUCGUGGCCGGCGAGCUACAUGCGGCGGCAGUGCCUCGAGGUGCUCAAGCUGGCCCUGCAGGGCGUCACCGUCGUCGAGUCGUCGGGCGACUUCGGCGUCGGCGGCCGCCCCUUCGACCCCCGCGCCGGCUGCCUCGGCCCGGACCGCGCCGUCUUCAGCCCCCGCGUCAUGGCCAACUGCCCGUACGUGCUCAGCGUCGGGGCCACCGCGCUGGUCGACCCCGAGCAGGAGCAGCAGCAGCAGCAUGCCGACCGGGGCGGUAGCGGCAAGGAGCCGAGACUGGUCGAGGUGGCGGCCCGGACGUUCGCCUCGGGCGGCGGCUUCUCCAACAUCUUCGGGCGGCCCAAGUGGCAGGACAGGCACGUGAGGGAGUAUCUGCGCAAGACCAACCUGUCCGAGCUCGGGUACGACAACGCGGCCGGGAUGAGCUUCGACAGCCUGCGGCCCCCCCCGGCCGGCGGCAAGCUGUUCAACAGGCUCGGCAGGGGCUAUCCCGACGUGGCCGCCGUCGGCCAGAACUUCCGCGUCGUCCUCAGGGGCUACCCGAACCGCAUGCACGGCACCUCGGCUGCCGCGCCGGUCUGGGCCUCCAUACUGACCCUCAUCAACGAGGAGCGCCGGGCGGUGGGCAAGGGCCCCGUCGGCUUUGUGCAUCAGGUCCUCUAUCAACACCCGGAGGUUUUUACCGACAUCACCGUGGGAUCCAACCCCGGAUGCGGAACUGACGGCUUUCCGGUCGAGGAGGGAUGGGAUCCGGUGACAGGUCUGGGGUCGCCCAUCUACCCAAAGCUCCUGAAGCUGUUUAUGAGCUUGCCAUGAAGGGAGUCCUCGUGUGAAGUGGUCACGCAUGGCUAGCCCGGCGUUGCAAGACACUCUUUUGUUCCAACACAUGAGGAACUGUUUGAUGAAGAGGGCAAAAGAAUAAAACAGAAAAGGGACAGAUUGAGAAGAAAAAGAAGUUGUGACUCGGAUGCCGGGAAUCGAACCCGGAGCUGUUGAGAACAUUCACUGCUGAGUAAUGAGAGUCAACGAUGUUAGCCAUUACACCACACCCGAGAAGGGCGGCUUUUGCUGAUUGUUGGAACUGGCGGGCUAAUUUGUGGUAGAUAAAACAACUCUCUUCUCCUAAGCAUCGACACUUUGAGCAGGACAUAAGUCUGCUAUGUGCUGUUAUUCUUGUGUUCCAGCUGGUGUGGUGUAAUUAUCGUAU